AUGGCCAACACCCAGACAUUACGGGAGCUGGCUACCCCAGAACUGACUCAUCAGCCCUUGUGCAUCACGUUCCCAACUCUGGCUGAGAAUACCUCAUUCGAGUUGAAAUCGGGGUUGAUUCAACUCCUACCUUCGUUCCAUGGCCUUUCUGGUGAGGAACCCCACAAACAUAUCAAGGAAUUCGAAGUGUACUCCGGGGAAUCAUUGUACGAUUAUUGGGAAAGGUUCAACAAGUUGUGCAAGGGAUGCCCACAGCAUCAGAUUAGCGAACAACUGUUGAUCCAGUACUUCUAUGAAGGGCUCCAGUCAACUGACAGGGGUAUUAUUGACGCUGCGAGUGGAGGAGCCCUGGCGAACAAAACACCGAGGGAAGCAUGGGACCUUAUUGAAGCCAUGGCAGAAAACUCUCAGCAGUUCGGCUUCCGUGAGAACACUCCUACCCGUAGAGUCAAUGAAGCAGAGACGUCAUCCAUCCAGCAGCAACUGUCAGAGUUGACGUCUGCUGUCAGGCAAUUGGCCAUGAGAGACACACCGCGAGAAAAGGUGUGUGGAAUCUGCACUAGCAUGGACCACUGCACGGAUUUGUGCCCCAUUUUGCAAGAGAACGGGGCGGAACAGGUAAAUAUGGCCGGAGGCGUGCCCGCGCCCCGCAGGCAGUAUGACCCGUAUUCCAACACAUACAACCCCGGUUGGAGAGACCAUCCCAACCUCAGUUAUGGGAACAGGCAACAAGGUUCAUUCCCGAAUCGUCCACCAGGAUUCCACCAGCCUUGGCAACCAAAAUCUCAACCCUCAUCCUCCAAUUCAGAGAGUUCCUUGGAGGAUCUAGUCAAGAACCUGGCCACGACUACUACUAACCUGGUCACGACUACUACACAGCUUCAAGAGGAGAUCAGAUCAUUGGCCGCGAAAACCGAGCAGCUCCAGCAGGGCACCAAAGCUGACAAGAAGGACCAAGAUGUUCGAAUAAGUCAACUGGCAACUGCCAUCAACCGCUUGGAAUCUCACGUUUAUGGGAAACUGCCAUCGCAGCCCCAGGAAAAUCCCAAGAAUGUAAGCGCCAUGACACUGAGGAGUGGUAAGGAGUUGGAAGGGGCUAAAGUGAAAAAUUCGAAAAGCAAAAGUGAGGAGGAGAUAGAAAAGGAGAUUGAAGAGGAAGGGCGCAUUCGCAAAGACCCUAAGGUAACAUCUAUUCCUUCAAUCCCUAUUAAAUCUAAUCUAGCUCCUUUUCCUUGCAGGUUGGAAAAGACAAAGAGGGCAGAAAGGGAAAAGGAAAUCCUGGAUGUGUUCCGCAAAGUUCAAGUAAACAUCCCACUAUUGGACGUGAUCAAGCAGGUACCCAAAUACGCAAAGUUCUUGAAAGACUUGUGCGUUAACAAAAGAAAGCUAAGGGGUGAUGAGAGAGUGAUGGUAGGAGAGAAUGUAUCAGCUGUACUUCAAAGGAAACUUCCACCCAAAUGCGGGGAUCCAGGUAUGUUUACUAUUCCCUGUAAAAUUGGACAUUCUAGUAUCAAAAAUGCCAUGAUAGAUUUAGGAGUUCUAUUAAUGUGA